AUGUCCUUCAUUUCGACCGGAAUGUCCUCUUCGAAUCGACGGCAACUUCGAGUUGUUCUGGCUCGAAAUCCUCCAGAUGCCUUCGCAAACUGCCCCAUAUUCCCAACUCUUGAUGUCAUUCUCCAAUGCCCCUUUCCUGGAUGGACGCUCGAGGUAAAGGAAGCGUAACUCUCUGCGAGUUUGAAUGCUUUUAGGUCUUGAAAAUGAUAACGGACGCUUUAAAGUGGGAUGUCGUUCCAGUUGUGACUCCGACAAUCGUAGGAGGAUUGGAUUGGGGAACGAUGACAGUAACAAAUGGCAGCUAUAAGUUAGGAUAAACAGAAAGAGUUUCAGGGGAACGGAACGUGGACGGGAGCGCUCGGAUACCUUCAGAAUGGGACUGCGGACGCCGUCGCCCUCAUGUACCAGAAGACGGAUCUUCGUGACGAGUACUUUGAAUACUCAUACCCAGUGACGAAUGUGAACGAAUCCUUCCGCUAAAACACCGUGUUUCUCUUUAGGUUCAGCCCGUUUUCGUGGUUCGGAAGAAGGCAGAAACCAUCGGGUCAGUUCUCUGGAACGCUUUCAAGCCAUUCAGUUACGAAGUGUGGCUUUGUUUGUUGGGUACGCAUUUCGGGUAUUUUCCUGAUUUCAUUUGAAACUUCAGCAAGCCUUCUGAUCAACUUGCUCUUUUUCAUUUUCAUCAGUGGAAUCGAGUUCAAACUAUUAUUCAGAACUUGUUUUCGGCCGUACGAAGUGUGUCUCUUUCCGUAUUUCCCUUAAAAACUGAUAUUUCUUCAGAUGUUUUGGCACAUGAUUCAAUUGCAGCUGGAUGAGAAAAGCGAAGACAUGCUUUUUUACACUUUAUCUGGAAAUAUUGUCCUUUUCGUGUUUGCUCUUCUGCAGUCCGGCAUUCUGAUUGAUCUGUACAAAGGAAUGCUUCUCACCGCGCUCAUCACUUCCAGCGGAGACAAUCCGUUUACGAAUGCAAAUGAAAUGAUCCAGAUGAUAGCUGAAAAGAAGUAUCACUUGACUACGAACUAUUUGGGAAACUGGUAAUACUUGUGCUUAUUAGACGGUAGGGGGGAGGCAGCAGCCAUUAGUCAAUUAGUUCGUGCAAACUUCAAAGUAGAUAAAUUCACGGAACAAGCUCAAUUCCCCUCUGUCAGGUACUUCGAUGACCUGGAACAUUCCGACCAACAGCACUUUGUCCUUCUGCGAUCUGCCACUGCUUCCAAUCCGGUUGUCCGUCCCUUCUUGCUCCCUUCCGCUCUUCCAAAUCUCCAUUUUCAGGUUGCAGCUGCGAGUGUUUCAGCUGCUCUUGAUCUCGUAGACACUGGAAAGUAUAUUUAUCCGAUUCAGCAGGACUCGCUGGCAAUGCAAAUGAGCAAGGAACGGUGCAAUUACGUGUAUGUGAGCGACGGAAUGCCACAAGUCUCCUCGUAUUUCGUUUUCAAAAGUAACUUCUCCGGUGUUGCCGACUUCAACCGUCAAAUCAUUAUGAAUCAAGUGUUUGUACAGAGAACAUUCAGCAAAUAUUUCAGCGAGGUUUCCACCUUAUCGCUCGCCGCCAAAGGAGCUUUUCUCUUUCUCUUUCCAGGGCUUUAAGCUGGGAUUCAUUCCGAAGUGCGCCACGGGCGACGAGACGCAGACGGAUGCGUCGAAGCCCUUGGACAUUGAAUCGGUGAUCGGAGUGUUCACAAUCGGAGCACUUGGCAUCGCCGCUUCGAUCGUCGCCUUUGUAAUCGAAGUGGGUCAACACUCUCCGCCGUCCAUCGUCUCAAACUUUGCUCCCAGAUCUAUUACUAUUGGCACAUGCGGAUCGUGGCCCGUCGCGCCCGGAUGCGUGAUCCAUGGAACGUGCGUCAUCUCGCUCGCAUCGCCCAAUUGCACUUUACCACUUCGCAGCAAUACUCCGACAUUGACGUGAUGCGCCUCGUCGAUGCCCUCAACACGUCGUCUCCGUCCUCAUCAUGA